CAGGCUUGACUGAUCCACCAGAAGCAGUCGAUUAGUAAACAAUAGUCAACAUGAAGACCUUCGUCCUGACCUUGAUUGUGGCGGUGGCCGCGGCCGCAGCUCUCCCCGACAAGAUCUACGAGAGGGAGGAUACACCGAAGCUCAAGUCUUUCAGCAGCUUCAGGAACGAGUUCACACAAUCCGGCAGCGAAGGAAAAUAUUUCUUCGUAUACCACGUCGGCGACAGCGAGCGCGCAGAGGAGCGCAACGAGGACGGCGAAGUGAGUGGCCACUUCGCCUUCGUGGCUCCCGAGGGGGACGAGUAUGAGUUCAAGUACGACGCCGACAAGGAGGGCUACCGCGUGGAGAGCGACGCCUUGCCGGAGGCCCCCGAAGACACCGACGAAGUGAAGGCCGCCAAGGAGCAGUUCUUCGAGGCCUACCAGAAGGCGCUCGAGCUCGCCGCCGAGGACGAUUACGAGUACUCCGAGGAGAGUUACGAGGACUCCAGUGAGGAGUCCAGUGAGGAGUCCAGCGAAGAAGAUAGCGACGAAGAGGACGAGGAGGAGGAGGAGGAAGAGGAGGGAGGCCAGCGACAUAGCGCCGCCUCUCACUUCGGCUUCCGAGCCCCCUACCCGUACAACCGGAAGUAAACAACCUGACCUGUGACCGUCGUCGCGCACGCGAGCUUCUCGCCGGGCGCCUCGCCUUCUGCGCCCUCCGUGCUCGUCUCGCAACAGGACUGAGCAACAUUGGGAAUAAUGGCACAGAAUGUACAUAUCCGCCCUUUUCUAUUUUUGCACUGCAAGAAUCCGACCGCGAACACGGCGCCAUUAAGCCCAAAGUUCCUUCCAGAGCUCCUGCCUGUAGUCUUGCCUGCCAGCUGCUGUAUAUAACGUCUUCCCUUAAGCUAGUCCGACUUCAUUAGCGCCGAAACAUGACGACGAACAAGGCUCCGCUCGAAAGGCGAAGCCAGCCGACUUACGUUUAGAAUUAGAAUGUACAAAAUCUCUCACAUCGCUCAAAAUAUGAAUAUUUAUAUGAAAAUAUUUAUCAUAAAUCAUUAUUUUUAUAUGGAAACUUUUACGAGAGAUGCCAUGACAUAAGUUAAGUACCCUAUAAUAAAUAAGAUUUAUAUACACAUAUACCGUAUCGUAUGGCUCUAAAUAAAAUCUCUUAUUAAAAUGA